AUGUCGUCACUGCACUCACAUUCAUCUUUGGAGACUGUUAGCAGCGCUGGGAAUUCAACAUCCUCUGCAGACAAAAAUGAUGGCACCAUGUCACGAAACCGCACAUUGAUUCUGGAUCUGGGAGAUGUGCUCUUCCAUUGGUCUGCACGGUUCAUCAAGGCCGUCGCCCCCUCGACUCUCCAUUCCAUCAUUCUCUCGCCAACUUGGGCCGAGUUAGAAUGCGGCAGAAUUACCGAGGAUGAAGCCGUUGAACUUAUUGGCGACGAGCUUUCGUUAAGCCCCAAUUCAAUCCACGAAGCGCUGGCACAAGGGCGUCAAACGCUGCGCGUUGACCAUGAACUCGUGGAACAGUUGAACGCGAUCAAGACAGAGAUGGGCGGCAUUCUCAAGGUCUACGCCAUGACCAACAUCUCGCGAGACGAUUUCGUACUUCUCAAGAAAACACUGUCGAACUGGAGUUUGUUCGACCGUGUGUUUACUUCCUUUGAAGCGGGCAUUAUCAAGCCGGACCUGGACUAUUACAAGCAUGUGCUCAGCCAGAUUCAUCUCACCGAUCCAAGUUCCGCCAUAUUUGUCGAUGACAAAGUCGCCAACGUCAACGCAGCACGCUUUUUUGGCGUACGUGCCAUUGUCUUCGAAUCUCCGGCCAUAUUGCUCCGCCAAUUACGCAACCAACUCUUUGAUCCUGUUGCACGAGCUCGCCAGUACAUGAAGAUCAAUGCACACAACCAUAUUUCGCAGAUUGAAGACGGCCCCGAGUUUCGAGAUGCCUUCUCCCAGUUUCUCAUCUACACCGUCUUGCGUGACUCUAGCAUCAUCAGCCUGUCCCCACCAGACACUUCCGUCACUGAUAUCAAAGCAAAGAUUUCAAAAGCCCAGUGCGAGGCCAGAACGUGGAAUUACUUUGUUGGUGAUCCCAUCGGAACUACAGAGACAUUCCCAGAUGACUCCGACGACACGGCCUACGCUCUCCUCGCCUUCUCGCCGCCUGCCCACUCCGCGAACGUAAUCCUAGACCGUUUCCUCGCAAAUCGGCAUUCCCGAGACGGUCUGGUGCAGACGUAUUUCUGCGAGAAACGGCCACGAGUCUGCCCAGUGGUCAUGGCGAAUGUAAUCCGUGCGUUUUACCACUAUGGUCGCGGCGCCGAUGUUCAGGCCGAACUACAGUACGUGCGAAGUAUGCUAGUAAACCGUGGCUAUGUCGAUGGAUCGCUCGAGUACUACUCUGCAGAGCCAUUCCUGUAUUUUGUCUCCUGUCUCAUCGAGGCCAAUCCUGGUGCUCCUGAAGUCCAGGCGCUCCGCGUACCACUGGUGGCAGCUCUGCGUGAGCGUGUCGGUCGACGCGAGGAUUCAUUUGCGACUGCUGCACGCGUUCUUGCAUGUCAGGUGAUGGGUGUGUGGGCCGAUUCGGAUGUUGGGUAUCUCAAAGAGUUGCAGGAUGUGGAUGGGGGGUGGGAAACUGGCUGGGUGUGUCGAUAUGGUAGGAGCAGGAAGAGGAUUGGAAAUCGGGGUGUGGUGACUGCGUUUGCAAUCAAAGCUCUGGAAGAAACAUCAAGGCGUCUGAGCUAG